AUGGAGAUGGGUUUUUCUUCUAAGCAGUCUGAGAAGAGGGGGCAGAAUCUUGACGGAGACAGAGGCCAGGUGACGAACACAACUCAAAAGACGGUGGUGGGUUGGAAGAAUCUGCGACGACCAGACGAAGACGAUGGUCUCACUUGUUGCCCUCUUUUCCAAACGCCACAAGAUAGCGCCCCGCUGCCACCAUCAUCACCCCGAUCCCUCUAUGCUGUUGUGGAAAUGAGUCCAUUUCCACAAUGCUUCCGGACUGCUCACAAGGAGUGGUGCUCCCUUUACUGGGACGCGCUCCAGCUUCUGAAGAAAUCUGGGAUUUUCAUAAGUUCUGAAUCUGUUAGAGCCCUCAUAAGGACCUAUUCCUAUAUGGGUCUUGCUGAAGAAGCCAUUCAGUGUUUUGAUAGAAUGUCUGAGUUCGAUUGUGAGCCUGAUGCUCACGCCUAUAACACUAUCUUGAAGGUUGUGCUCAAGAAAGACUUGUUUGUGUUGGCUUUUUCGCUCUAUAAUGUUAUGCUUAGGUCUAAUUCUUUGCCAGAUGACCACACGUACACUCUCUUGAUUGGUGGAUUCUGUAAGAUUGGAAACUUCAAUGCUGCCCUCGAGAUGCUCGAUGAUAUGAGCAAGAGGGGUGUGCUGCCUGAUGUUAAGACGUAUACGGCUAUUAUUUAUGGCCUCUGUCAGUGGAAGAAGGUUGAUGAGGCGUUUAGGUUGUUUAACACUAUGAAAGAAAAUGGGUGCUUGCCUACUUUGCGCUGUUAUAAUGUCUUGAUUGAUGGGUUUUGCAAGAACGGGAGGACAGAUGAAGCGCUUUCUUUGCUGUCUUUGUUGAGGAUAGAUGGUUUUGCUCUUAAUCUGCAGAGUUACUGUUCUCUGAUAAAUAGCUUCAUUCACGCCAAGAGAUAUAGUGAGGCAUAUGUAUGGUACACCAAGAUGUUUAAGAGGGGAAUUGUGCCGGAUGUUACUUUAUAUGCUAUCAUGAUACGUGGUUUGUCCGAAGAGGGUAGGGUUGGUGAAGCUGCAAAGAUGUUAGAUGAGAUGAUUGGGAUGGGUUUAGUACCAGACGCCUAUUGUUACAAUGCAUUAAUCAAAGGUUUUUGUGACAUAGGUCGUUUGGACCAAGCUAGAUCUCUUCAGCUUGAGGUUUCCAAGGAUGAACAGUUUCAUAAUGCUUACACCUGCACCAUUCUCAUCUGUGGCAUGUGUAGGAAUGGAAUGGUUGGAGAGGCACGGGAGAUAUUUAAUCAGAUGGAAAAACUUGGAUGUCUCCCUUCAGUUGUGACCUUCAGUGCUCUGAUGCAUGGCCUUUGCAAGGCUCGCAGAAUUGAGGAAGCACACCUUUUACUGCACGAGAUGGAGAUUGGGAGAAGCCCAUCUUUGUUUUUCCGGCUUUCUCAGGGUUCUGACAGGGUUUUUGAUAGUGUUAGUCUCCAGAAAAAGGUGGAGCAAAUGUGCGAGGCUGGUGAAGUUUUGAAUGCUUACAAGCUUCUCAAACAACUUGCUGGGAGUGGGGUUGUGCCUAACAUUAUCACAUACAACAUUUUAAUCAAUGGUUUUUGCAAAACUGGUAAUAUCAACGCUGCUAUCAAGCUUUUCAAGGAGCUGCAACUAAAGGGGAUCUCACCUGAUUCUAUUACUUAUGGGACACUUGUUGAUGGACUUUAUAGGGCUAACAGAGAAUAUGACGCCUUUAAGAUCCGUGAACAUAUGUUGAAGCAUGGUUGUCAACCUGGAUUAUCAAAUUCUAAUGCCCAUAUGAGCUGGUUAAACAAAAAGGGGAAGGUCUCGAUGGCCUUCAAUCUUUACUUUGAAUAUCUGAAAAGCCUUCCGAGGUGGGAUAAUGAUUCAAUCAACGUGUUGGAGAACCAUUUUAUCAGAGGAAAUGUUAAAGAAGUAAUUCGAGGCUUACUGGAAAUGGACUUCAAAUGUAGAGAUUUUAAUUUAGCUCCAUACACAAUUCUAAUUACUGGGUUCUGUAUGGCAAAAAAGGUAGAUGAAGCAUUAGCUAUAUUUUCUGUUCUUGGUGAGUUCAAUAUUAAUAUCAAUCCUACAAGUUGUGUACAUUUGAUUGAUAUUCUCUGUGAGGAAGGGAAGCUGGAUGAUGCAGUAAACAUAUUCCUCUACACCCUAGAAAAAAGUUUCAUGUUGAGGCCAAGAAUUUGUAACAAGCUCCUCAAAUGUCUCCUUCUUUCGAUAGAUAAAAAGGACUAUGCUAUUGAUCUUGUUGACAGGAUGCAGUCCCAUGGAUACUAUUUGAAUUCACAUCAGUAUGACAAAGCAAUGUAUGUUAUUCGACGGCUAAGGAGAAGGAGGAGCAAUAAAAUGCACUAUUUUGAAUGA